AUGGUCAAGACUUCCGUUCUCAACGAUGCGCUCAACGCCAUCAACAACGCCGAGAAGGCCGGUAAGCGCCAGGUCCUGAUCAGACCCAGCUCCAAGGUCAUUGUCAAGUUCCUCAGCGUCAUGCAGAAGCACGGCUACAUUGGCGAGUUCGAGGAGGUCGAUGAUCACCGCUCCGGCAAGAUCGUCAUCCAGCUGAACGGCCGUCUGAACAAGUGCGGUGUCAUCAACCCCCGCUACCCCGUUCAGCUCCCCGAUAUCGAGCAGUGGGCCGUCCAGCUCCUGCCCUCGCGUCAGUUCGGCUACGUCGUCCUGACCACCUCCGCUGGCAUUAUGGACCACGAGGAGGCUCGUCGCAAGCACGUUGCUGGCAAGCUCCUCGGCUUCUUCUACUAG